AUGAACUACGUGGGGCAGCUGGCAGAGACUGUGUUUGGGACGGUGAAGGAGCUGUACCAAGGCCUGAACCCAGCCACCCUGAGUGGCGGAAUCGAUGUGCUUGUGGUGAAGCAGGUAGAUGGCUCCUUUCGAUGCUCGCCCUUCCAUGUACGCUUCGGCAAGCUGGGCGUCCUGCGGUCCCGGGAGAAGGUGGUAGACAUUGAGAUCAAUGGGGAGCCUGUGGACUUGCACAUGAAGCUGGGGGACAGUGGAGAGGCCUUCUUCGUCCAAGAGCUAGAAAGUGAUGAGGAACAUGUUCCUCCCCGCCUGUGUACCUCACCCAUCCCUUGGGGGGGCCUGUCUGGCUCCCCCUGGGACUCAAAGAGGGGCACAGCCAGUGAGCCUGAGGGCCCUGGUGUGGCAGGUGUGACCUCCACAGGGCGGAAGAAGAGGCUCCGUAGGAGGAAGUCCAGGCGGAAGGAGGACACAGCAGCAGCUGACUCAAGUUCAAGUUCGGAGGAAUUAGAAACAGGCAUCGAGAAUGGGCUGUCCCUGCUGGAGAAGCCGAGGCCAGAGCUCCCAGGUGUCCUGCCGGAAGAGUCGACCUCACCACAGCCCAAAGACAUCUACCCCUACUCCGAUGGGGAGUUGGCCCCUCAGGCCAGCUUCACAUCAAGUGGGCUGACAUCCCCUCAGAGUGACUCAGAGCUAGAGCGGCGGGCCUUGGAGCCCAGUCCCCUAAGAGCUGAAUCCCACAUGCAGUGGUCCUGGGGACGGCUUCCUAAGGUGGCCAAAGUUGAGCAGCCCAAUUCCUUGAUGAUCCCUGAAGGCAACACUGAGGCCCCGUCUCCUCCUCGGGAAGGUCCCAGCACCCCCUCAGUCUCUGUGGCUGGCAUGGACCCCUCGGGAUCCCCAAUCCUGCUGCAGCCAGAUCUGGAAGCACCAGCUCUGCUGGGCGCCCUUCUCUCCACCCCAGAGAGAGAGGCUACCAAGACUCACGAUUCUGGGAACCCACGUCUCCCUCUGACCUCAAAAUCACAGAGCUGGGCAGCUCUGGGGAACCCAGCUCCCACGGGACAGAGGGAACAAAGUGUGUCAAGGCCAUGAGGUAGGAAAAAAAGGAGCCAACACCUGGGUCCCAGUGACAUCUACCUUGACGACUUGCCCUCCCUGGACUCUGAAAAUGUGGCCCUUUACUUCCCACAAAGUGACUGUGGGCUGGGGGUCAGGAGGUGGAGUGAACCCAGCAACCAGAAGCUCCUGGGGGACCCCACACCAGAACACGUGCCAGAACCCGCUCCUGAUGCCCUGGACACUGUUGUGCUGUCCCUCUGUGGGGGCCUGGCUGACGGCAGGGACAUCUCCCUGGCUAAAUUCAGCCAGCACAUCGUCUCCUACCAUGACCUCAUCAAAAACCCCAGCCUCCUGGAUGACCCCAACCUCGUGGUGAAAAUCAAUGAGAAGCAUUAUAACUGGGCAGUGGCUGCUCCCAUGAUCCUCUCCCUGCAAGCCUUCCAGAAGAACCUGCCCAAGAGUACCGUGGACAAGCUGGAGAAAGAGAAAAUGCCCAGGAAGAGUGGACGGUGGUGGUUUUCCUGGAGGCGUAAGGAAUUCCCCACUGAAGAGCGCAGUGCCCAGGGAGAGAAGACCACUUCCAGGGAGUUGCGGAGGGAGAAGGUAGAUGCCCUGAGCAGUGAGGAUGAUGGCCCAGACAGCCCUGUGAUCCUUGAGGUCCCCUCCCCACCACCCUCACCUCCAGCCUACACUCCCACCUACAAGAAGUCUCUCCGCCUCUCCUCUGAACAGAUUCGGCGCCUGAAUCUGCAAGACGGUGCCAAUGAUGUCAUUUUCAGUGUGACCACCCAGUACCAGGGCACCUGCCGCUGCAAAGCCACCAUCUACCUGUGGAAAUGGGAUGACAAAGUGGUCAUCUCUGACAUCGAUGGUACCAUCACCAAGUCGGAUGCUCUGGGCCACAUCCUGCCCCAGCUGGGGAAAGACUGGACACACCAGGGCAUCACCAGUCUCUACCACAAAGUCCACCUAAACGGGUACAAGUUCCUAUACUGUUCUGCGAGGGCCAUCGGCAUGGCUGACCUCACUAAGGGCUAUCUGCGGUGGGUGAGCGAGCGGGGUUGUGGCCUCCCCAAGGGUCCCAUCCUGCUGUCUCCUAGCAGCCUCUUCUCUGCCCUCCACAGAGAGGUGAUUGAGAAGAAGCCAGAGGUGUUCAAGGUCGCCUGCCUGAGUGACAUCCAGCAGCUCUUCCUGCCCCACAAACAACCCUUCUAUGCUGCCUUUGGGAACCGGCCCAACGACGUCUUUGCGUAUCGGCAGGUGGGCCUCCCUGAAUCUCGCAUCUUCACUGUCAACCCACGGGGCGAGCUCAUUCAGGAACUGCUCAAGAACCACAAAUCCACGUACGAGCGGCUUGGUGAGGUGGUUGACCUCCUCUUCCCGCCUGUGACCCGUGGUAGCAGCACAGACCUGCCCAAACCAGAAUACAGCAACUUCUGCUACUGGCGGAAGCCCCUGCCACCUGUGGACCUGGAUGCUCUGGCCUAG